GAAGUGAAGAAGAUUGUACAAAUGGUGAUGGGGGAAGGGGAAGGGGAGGAGAUGAGGAAGAAUGCCGCCAUUGUUAAGGACAAAAUGAGAGCUGCGAUGAAGGAAGAGGGAGGGGAGAAGGGCUCAUCGUUGAGGGCUUUGGAUGAGUUUGUUGCAAUGAUUGGAUCCAAAAGAGAGGGUCAAUAGCGGAAUAUUGUGGUACAUUCAUCUUGCUUCUGUUGUUUGUAGUAAUGUGGAGUUGGAAUAGAAUGUUAUGAACCGAUGCGAGUAUACUUUGAUCGGUCUUUGUUAAAGUUGUAGUUUUGAAUCUCCGUAUGGAACGGAAGUAAAAGUGAAGGAAGGAAUAUUUUGAACAAACAACAUGAGGAUAUAUUGGCAUCCGAAUUCGGACCAUGUUAUUUUUCCUUUUUAGAUAUCUAGUAGCAUAAGAAUGGAGAUUUGAAUUUAAGACGAGAUAAUAUGAGGUGGUAUUAAAAGGUUUCUUUUGUGUGUAAGUUUCUAUGGUAUUCAAGGUAACAAGGAAGACGGAUCCCUCAGUAGGAUUAUUGGUUUCAGAAAUCGUUUACCUCUCGAACAAGAUCAGUUUCUCUCGUUGUAGAAGAGAUGGGAACAAAGUAGCUCAUGAGGCGGGAAUAAAUCAAGCUCUCCAAAGGAUUUAGGGCAAAGCUUCGGAUAUGAGUUGCAUUUAAUUAGAGUUAAUGUUUUUUCGUAUCUUCUGUCAAAAAAAAAAGAAAAGAAAAGAAAAACUCUUGUUAAAA